UUUGUCUUUCAAACCACGUAAUGAUGCUGUCUGACAAUGUAUAAAAGGCCCACGAUCUCUCACAUAGGCAGUGUUUGCUGCUGCAACUCCUUGCUACAUCAUCACCAUGAAGGUUCUCGCAAUUCUUGCUCUAUUCGGUGCCAUCGUGGCAUGCCAAGCCUAUCGUAAAAAGGGAUACGGAUACGGUGGUUAUGGAGGUGGCUAUGGAGGUGGCUAUGGCGGCUUAGGUGGUUACGGUGGCGGUUAUGGCGGUUAUGGUGGUUACGGUGGCGGUUAUGGCGGUUAUGGUGGCGGCUACGGCGGUUAUGGCGGUUACGGUGGCGGUUAUGGCGGUUACGGUGGAGGUUAUGGCGGUUACGGCGGCGGUUUCGGUAAAUGGGGCGGUUACGGUGGCGGUUAUGGCGGCUACGGCGGCGGUUAUGGCGGCUACGGCGGUGGUUAUGGCGGCCUCGGCGGUUAUGGCGGAGGUUAUGGCGGAUAUGGUGGUGGCUAUGGUGGCGGCUAUGGUGGCGGCUAUGGUGGCGGCUAUGGUGGCUACAAGAAAUUCGGUGGUUAUGGUGGCGGUUAUGGCGGUUACGGUGGCGGCUAUGGCGGUUAUGGUGGCGGCUAUGGCGGUUAUGGUGGCGGUUAUGGUGGCGGCUAUGGCGGUUAUGGUGGAUACGGUGGUGGCUACGGCGGCUACGGUGGCUACGGCGGUGGCUAUGGCGGUUACGGUGGCGGCUACGGAAAGAAAUGGUAAACACAUGCUCAUCAAUUCAAUUGACACCAACUCUUACUGUUUUUCUAUGUUGCAAUAAAUAUACAAAAUCACUGCAA